AUGGACAUAAAUCAUCCGCGGAGGAGCAGCUCUCGAGCAAACCGUCCCAUGAAUGAAAAUGAGCGCGGCACAAUGUACAGGAGGGAUUCGAAUCUUUCGACGACGAGCUUUAUGGACGAGGUGGAAAUGGCACAGGAUGAGAUGUUCGCAGGCCCCAUGGGGGAGAGUGUUCCUACCAGUGUCUCGUCCUUCGCCCAUCGCCGAGGCCGAGCAGACUCGACCGCGAGCUUCACAUACUAUCAGGCACGGGGCCAGAACGAGGACGAGGACGAGGACGGGCCUUUGGCGCCUUCUGACGAAAGCGCCAUUAUAGAUUACGAAUCCGAGCUACACUUCGACGAGGACGACUCGACAGACUUGGAGGCAGAUGAAUUCUCGAAUAUGAGAAGGUCUUCGUCUGGGGCACACUCCAGAUCUUCAUUACAUGACCGCCUGCUGAGGAGCGAUAGCGCAAGAACAGACGGAAGUGAUCUUGGAAAAGGUUAUCGGAUAAGCCAAAAGGUUUAUAUCGUAACUGAGGAUCUCACGAUUGUUGUGGCCGGGUUCCGAACAUCGACCGUUGGAUUCGCCAUAUAUGCAACCAUCUGUAUCCUCACGUUUGGAAUUGGAUACCUCCUACUGCGCUGGCUUCCUCGUUGGCAGGUGCGUCUCGUCGGUUCGCCAAGCCCUUUACGCGACUGUAUAUGGGUCGUUAUUGAAAAUCAAUGGGGAGAAUUCGUGGUCCAGGAUGUCGAGUCCAAGGAAUAUGGCCGGCCGCUUUCGACAAUCUUCAGCGAUCCUCUAAGCAAAUAUGUCAUAUCUUAUGACGAGGACGACGACCCUAUCAUCGAAAAUCUUCGGAUGCUUGACUACAGAUAUAUGCGGUUCUCGUUCAACCCCCUGAAAGACAGAUUUAUGCUUUGCAACAGCUGGAAAGAUCCAGCAUGGACCGAUGUCAAGGCCAUCCGGGCUGGCAUAGACGGUGACGAGAAGGAGAGCCGUGAACUCGUCUUCGGAAAGAACCUGAUCGAGAUCAAGCAAAAGACAAUUCCUCAACUCUUGAUGGAUGAGGCUUUUCACCCUUUCUAUGUCUUCCAGAUAGCCAGUCUACUCCUUUGGUCUGUCGACGAGUACUAUUACUAUGCUGCCUGCAUUUUUGCCAUAUCGCUUGUCAGCAUAACGACAACGCUGAUCGAAACACGCUCGACGAUGAAAAGACUCAGAGAGAUUUCCAAGUUUGAAUGUGACAUCCGUGUGCUGCGAAAUGGUUUCUGGCGAUAUGUGCCGUCGAGUGAGCUUGUGCCUGGGGAUAUCUACGAAGUCACGGAUCCUGCUUUAGCACAAUUCCCAUGUGACAGUAUUCUCCUUGCUGGCGACUGCAUAGUCAACGAAAGCAUGCUGACAGGCGAAUCUGUUCCCGUGUCGAAAGUCCCAGCAAGUGAUGAAAGCCUGGCGACUCUCAACCUAGCGGCUACGUCCAUUGCUCCGGAGCUUGCAAGGAACUUCCUCUUUUGUGGAACCAAGAUCAUUCGUGCGAGACGUCCGCAGGACGAUAAAGACGAUGAGGCCGUAGGACUUGCUAUGACUGUACGUACUGGCUUCAACACGACCAAGGGAGCACUUGUUCGAUCGAUGCUCUUCCCUAAGCCCUCUGGCUUCAGUUUCUACAGGGAUUCGUUUCGCUACAUUUCCGUAAUGGGUGGAAUCGCCACACUAGGUUUCGUGGCUUCGUUCAUCAAUUUUGUUCACCUGAAGCUGGCAUGGCACUUGAUCAUCGUUAGAGCACUUGACCUGAUCACAAUCGUCGUGCCUCCUGCGCUUCCAGCUACUCUUACAAUCGGGACCAACUUUGCUCUUUCUCGCUUAAGGAAGAAGCAGAUCUUCUGCAUCAGCCCUCAGAGGGUGAACGUUGGUGGCAAGCUUGACAUUGUCUGCUUUGACAAAACGGGAACCCUGACAGAGGAUGGCUUAGACGUACUUGGACUAAGGGUGGUGCAACAACCUGCAAAUAGGUUUAGUGAGAUUCUCUCAGACGCCCUGUCUUUGCUUCCAGGCGCCGCCUACGAGAGAGAUCCCACUGUUGAGUACGAUUCUCGUAAGGCUGCACUUUACACCAUGGCGACCUGUCAUUCCCUACGGGUCGUGGAUGGUGAGCUUGUUGGGGAUCCUCUUGAUCUGAAGAUGUUUGACUUCACUGGGUGGUCUUUCGAGGAGGGCGAGCAGAACAGCGGUGAUGCUGAAGACGAGGAACAGGGGGGCUUGGCGCCAUCUAUUGCAAGACCGCCUCCUGGAAUGGAAUACGACAUCGACGAUAACGAAAAUACGCAAGACACGGCGAGAGCGCCUAUAGAACUUGGUGUACUAAAAACUUUUGAUUUUGUGUCUCAACUCCGACGAGCAAGUGUUAUUGUCCGUAAGUUUGGAACGCCUGGCUGCGAUAUUUACGUCAAAGGUGCUCCAGAAUGUAUGAAGGAUAUCUGUAAGCCCGAGAACUUUCCGAGUGAUUAUGAGGAUCUUCUUGCAUACUACACCCAUCGAGGCUUCCGUGUUAUAGCUGUCGCCACUAGGCACAUCAAGAAGCUCAAUUGGUUGAAGGUCCAAAAAAUGAAGCGGGAGGAAGCGGAGUCCGACCUAGACUUCAUUGGUUUCAUCAUAUUCGAGAACAAACUAAAAGACAGCACAGAGAGUGUCCUCAAUGAGCUUACAGAAGCCGGAAUCAGAAAAGUUAUGUGCACUGGAGACAAUAUAUUGACAGCUAUCAGCGUUGCGCGAGAGUGCAAUUUGAUUGACAAGACUGCGCAUUGUUUUGUGCCACAUUUCGCCGAAGGAGACUUUUCAGAUCCCAAAGCACGCCUCAAAUGGGAGAGUAUUGACAACAACAUUUUCACACUGGACGAAAGAAGUCUUAUUCCACUACCACCUCCUGCGGAUGGCGAUGCAUCGCUUCCUUACGACAUUUCCAAUCUUCGAAAUUACUCGCUAGCAGUAAGUGGCGAUGUAUUCCGCUGGGUAAUCGAUUUUGCUCCGCCUGAAGUCCUGCAAAGGAUGCUUGUAUGCGGGCAAGUCUUCGCUAGAAUGUCACCCGAUGAAAAACACGAGCUUGUUGAGAAGCUCCAGAGCAUAGAUUACUGCUGUGGAUUUUGCGGUGAUGGAGCAAACGAUUGUGGAGCUCUUACAGCAGCAGAUGUUGGAAUUUCACUUUCUGAGGCCGAAGCAUCAGUGGCUGCUCCAUUCACAAGUCGUGUUUUCGACAUUAGUUGCGUUCCUGAAGUUAUACGUGAGGGACGAGCUGCAUUGGUUACCAGCUUCAGUUGCUUUAAGUAUAUGAGUCUUUACUCGGCUAUUCAGUUUACUUCCGUCAGCUUUCUCUAUGCUUCUGCAUCGAAUCUUGGAGACUUUCAAUUUCUCUUUAUUGACCUACUACUCAUUCUCCCGAUCGCUAUCUUCAUGGGCUGGACCGGACCAUUCCCAGUCCUGUGCCAGAAGCGGCCAACAGCGAACCUUGUGUCUCGUAAAGUCUUGACCCCGCUAAUUGGUCAAAUCGCCAUCUGCAUCUUGAUUCAGGCGGUUGGAUUUUAUGCUGUCCGCAAGCAACCUUGGUAUAUCCCACCACAUCUCAAUCGACAAAAGUCGAACGUGGAAAACUCGGAGAAUACCACCCUCUUCCUGAUCUCCUGCUUUGAGUACACUCUCUCAGCAAUUGUGAUGAUGCCGUUCGUUGUGACCAUUGUCGUCGCGCUGCUCUUUUCGUCGUACCUAGUCUUUGACCCAUCAGAAGCUGUGGCGGAGUUCAUGCAGUUGACAAAAAUGGACUGGGACUUCAAGACUUUCAUCUUGAUCCUCGGGAUCGGAUACAUCUUGUUGGCAUGGACCACGGAGAACUAUGUGUUUCCCCGGCUUGCGAAGUACCUGGGAGCAUUGAAAACAUUCGUUUCGGGCAAGCCCAAGGCACGCAAGAAGUACAAGACCGUGCUGGAACAAAUGCGAGCACACCAAUAA